GUCUUGACACACUUUUACCGUCAUUGAUUUGGCUUUUCUUGUCGGUCUCUGCAUAGCGUGUGAGGCACAUCAACAGUUAUGGCAGACACAGAAUCUUCUGGCACCAGGCCUCCUGAGGCAGUUGCCAUUACAAUUGUCAAAGCCAGGAACUUGAGAGGUUCUAAAGGAGACAAUCUGAUUGCUAUGACUCGUCUGGAUUUUGGAGACAAAGUUUUAGGAGAAUCUGCUAAAGUAGAGUGUACCUCUGACACUCCUGCUGAAUUCAACCACACUGUUUCCAUAAGCUGUACCUAUGAGGAUCCACUGGCCCUGGAUGAAAUAGCCCACAAGCCAGUCGUUGUCACUGUCACAGAAGUGUUACCAAAGGAAAAGAAACAGAAAGAAGAAAAGACUGUGAUUCUGGGUCAAGUAACUGUGGAUCUGUUACCACUUGUCAAUGGAGAAACCAAACACCGGUACACACUGGUUAUCAAUCCAGUACCAGGCUCACCCCUGGAGCAAAUACCUGCUGAAAACCCAAGGCCUGAGGUAGAUGUGGUGAUCUCAGUGAAUGAGCCAUUACUGGACAGUUCCCAAGGGGGUGGAGGAAACCUGCUGACCUUCACAGCUGAGUCUCUCUUCUCUCCUCCUGACAGCUGGUCACCCGUGGGUCCUCAGCACACGUACACUGCGGCUCUGCCUGUACCAAUCUCUGCAGAGAAAGAGACUCCCAUAGUGUUCCCCAACGGACAGCUGAAGCCUUCCCCUGAUAAAGAAGCACCCUCUAAACAGAAAAAGUGGUCUAACCCAGGUCAUGCUCAAGGAAAUGCAAUCUACAUCCCAGACAGUUUCAUUGCAUCUGAUCCAGUGGAAGAUGAGGAUGGGGAUUUUAAGAGCAAAGAGGACCGUGAACACCGUACCACAUCAGAGCAGGAGAAGAACAGGGUUAUGUGGAACACAGAGAGGAGGUGCUACAUGGAGGCAUCAGCUGUCAAAAGUUUUCAGGAUAAAAUAUCUAAGACUCGGUACUGGCCCGUUGAGAUAUUCCGUCUGCCGAUGCCAGCUGCAGGCAAAGCAGGAAAGAAGGAGGAGGAUGGGAGUAUUGGUUUUCACGGGAUUGCCUUCAUUAACCUGGCACCUCUUCUCUAUCCAGGAGUGAAGAGAAUCCGAGGAGCCUAUAAAGUGUAUGCUUACAGUGACUUAGAGCUGAUGGAAAAGACAAAGAGAAAAGGUGGGCUUGCUGAUGAAGCUCACAAAAUUGCCAACAAUAUUCUGACAAGAAACAGUGCCUCUCCAUCCCAUAAGAAAGGUAAAGACGGUGAAAAGAAGGACAAGGAAAACAAAAAAGGGGCCUCCCAGAUGAAGUCGUCCGAAACAGCCUCUGAGGUGGAUGGUCAGCCACCAGUCAAUUUAGAGGGUCAACAGUAUGUGGAGGCUAAGUCUUACAUCAUGGUUGAGAUGACCCUGUCCAAGCCCCUGGUCCCUAAACGGCCCCCAGAGGAGCUCGCCAAACGUGUGUCAGAGUACAUUCCUCCAAGGCCACUAUUCCCUAAGAGAACAAAUGGAGCCCAAAAGGCAGUAGAAGAUUAUCAUGGCCAGGUGGCCUCUGUGGCCAAUCUUGUACUAAAUGAAUUCAGAGACUUAUUUGGUGAUCAACUUCAAGAUGGACAGCCACAGACUGAUGAGUCCAUGGAAGCAAGGAGACAGAAACUUCUGUAUGAGCUCAACUCAUCUGGAAAAUACUUCGCAUUUAAAGAACAGCUCAAACAUUCUGUGGUGAAAAUAGUAAGGGAGAAGUAUCUGAAGACAACCAAUUUUGAGGACAGAGAUCAGCUGCAGACAUUCCUGAGUGAGCUGUACGUAUACCUGGUGGAUCAGAUGCACGUUGCCCUGGGUAAGGUACUAGCUGUGGAGGACCAGCCACCCAUCCCUGAACCCCUCACUGACUCUCAGCAACUCAAACACUUUGCUGCGGAAGCAGAGGCUAAUGGCAACUAUGACCUAGCCAUUAAAUAUUAUCAGGAGAGAAUAGCACGAGACCGGAAUGACCCUGAGCACUGGCUUGAUUAUGGUUCUUUCUGCCUUUACAUCAAUGAUGUUACCAAGGCUGAAGAAUGUUUCAAGGAAUGUAUUGCUGUUGAUCAGAAACAUCUGAGUGGACUGCUGCUGUAUGCUGUGGUGUGUACUCUGGCUGAGAGGUUUGAUGUGGCCGAGACUUUCUUUGAGGCAGCCACCUGUGUACAACCCAAGAGUAUCCAAGCAUGGACCAUGUUAGGUUUGUUCUAUGAUGCCGUCAACAAUGAGAUUGGAGCAGAAAUGGCGUAUCUUGAGUCAAAUAAGUUGAAUCAGGCGGCUGCUGUGAGUGCGGCAAAAGAACUGCAGGAGGAGGCUGAGAGAGAGAAGAGAGCAAUGUCUAUCCUAAGAGAGUCUCAUUCAGACCCUGUGGACUCUGACCGUGCAGGAGAGGGUGGGUUAGCAGGAGGUGCUCUACCAGAGAUCACAGAGUCCGCCGCCUCACCUGACCCCAAUAGAGCACAGGCUGCAUCUGCCAAAUCCCACACCUCACCCCCACGCCUGGAUACACGCCAAUCAGGUCCUGGCAGUGUCGUACAGCCAAUCAGCAGUGCUAAGGUAAAGGGUGGAGAGAGCGCAAGUGGUGUGUCUCGCCCUGGCAGUAGUAAGCAGAACAUUACCACAAAUGUCAGUCCUCGGAGAGACCUCAGCCCUGAGCACACUGAGAGCCCACAAAGAGAGCCCACCCCAGUGCCCUCCUGCUCCAUCUUCAUGCAUAGUAUUGAGUGGUUGCUGGACUCCAGGGCUCUUCAGUUUGCUGAGCGAUGUUUGGGACAUGAGUUGGUUUGUCUACAAGGGGGCCCCUCAUUGGAUUAUUAUCUCAUGUUUGCCCAAUUAAAACUGCUGAAACACCAGUUUAACCUGGCAGAGUCUAGUCUACAAGAGGCCAUACUGAUAGACUUUCAGAAUGCCACUGGUUGGGCACUGAUGGGUCAUGUGAAAUUCAUGCAAGGAGACAUGGAAGAGGCAAGGGACUGCUUUGAGAGGACCCUGUCCUUUGUGACAGACCCACUGGACACCCACCCUAUCUAUCUCAGACUGGCUUCCAUCUAUCUUCAAGAGGGCAGGUUUGCUGAUGCUAAAGCCACAUUUUUACUGGCCUGUAAGAAGUCUCCUUCCUGUGUGUCCUGGUUAGGUGUGGGUAUUGCCUGCUACAGGCUGGGAGAACUGUCCGAAGCAGAAGAUGCCUUGUCAGAAGCUAACAUCCUGAAUAAUAUGGAUGCUGAGGUGUGGGCGUAUCUCUCCUUGGUCUGCCUUAAGACAAAACGACAACUGGAGGCUGAACAGUCGUAUAAAUAUGCUCUCAAGCUGAACCUUCAGGAUCAGAACUUAUUAAAUGAAAUCCACGGUUUGCAAAGAGAAGUUGGAUUUGGCAACCCAGAACCUUGAAUCAUGCCAGGAGAAAAACCCUUAUUUUACACAGUGAACUUCCCUGAACUUCUGACAAUUUACUGUGACCAGAAUCUGUAGGCACAUGGACGCUUUCAAGUCAUAACUGAAACUUGUUUUGGUAAAGGAUUAAAAGUCAAGAAGAACCAAUUUGCUCUUGAAUGUGUAAAUAUGACAAAAUUUUUUAAAGUCAAAGUUGUCAAGGCCUGUGAUAUUAUUUAUGUAAUAGAAACAGUUUUUCCUAACUAGGGAAUAUUUGUACAAGUUUACAGAAAGUUUUGAUUUUCAUUGCCUUUUGUUGUCAGUUGAACAAUUUAAAACCUUGUUGAUUGCACGAAGGAUGGUUUUAAUAAAUGACUACUGUUAUUUAUAUAUUUGAA